UGCUUGCGAACCGCUUCCAGAUCUCACGUCUCCGAACUUACAAAUUAUAAAUUCGACGAAAAAGAUAGGAGGCGGAGACGAAGGGGAGAAGAGGGAGAGAAAAUAAGAAGAAAACGAAUUAUGGCUCAGCUGGUAAACAAGGCUAAGAAUUUCGUGGCGGAUAAGUUGGCGAGCGUGAAGAAGCCGGAGGCGGAGGUGAAAGAUGUGUCGUUCAAGGGGGUAACCCGGCAGUUCGCUACCUUCCACAGCACCGUUGCCAUUGCCAACCCCUACGACCAUGACAUCCCCAUUGGCAAGAUCUCCUAUUCCCUCAAGAGCGCCAAGAGGGAGAUUGCUUCAGGGGUGAUCCGUGACCCUGGUUCGAUCGUUGCGAACAAGUCAACGAACUUGGAGGUUCCUGUGAAUAUUCCCUAUGACGUCCUGCUGAGCUUAGCGAAGGAUGUUGGCAAGGAUUGGGACAUCGACUAUGAACUGCAUCUUGGGUUCUCUAUGCACCUCCCCAUUGUGGGGCACUUCACACUUCCCCUUACCAAUGCGGGAGAGAUCAAGCUUCCUACUCUGUCUGAUAUCUUUUAGCUCAUGCUCCCUGCAGAAUAAGUAUUGAGCUCCUUUGGAGAGCUCUGUAGUUGAUAAAGAUAGUUCUCUUGUUAGAACUUUUAAGGGACAAGUUGCUGAAUCCUUUGUUUUGUCUUUCAUAUGAUAAUGUCUGUAUCCUUCUACUGUUUUUAUAAAUUUUACUUUCUUUCUAA